CUAACUUCAACAGGCUUACAAAAAUGGAAGUCACAUUCAGGAAGAACAAAAUACUCUACAAAAAAAAAGGCGGGUAGCAUUAUGGUUCCACUUAAUUGGAAGUAUCACCGGGUUAAAAAGAUACCUGCCAUUCACAUUUGCAUCAAAAAUUAAUGCUUAAGCCUUGUCGUCACUCUCCCCAGUCCCUACCUUUCCUCUCUCCCUCUGUUCCUAACAAACUACACAAAAAAAAAAAAAAAGAAGAUUGGUUGAUUGAUUAGCUUUGGCAUCAAGCAAUAAAUUGCAGGAGUUUUGAUUGACCGGAAGAGGAAUUGUGAGGAUGGUUUGUUUGAGCCGAGCCUUGGUGGUUUCAUGUAUGGUCAAACCGUCGGUUCCUUAUAAACCUUGUUCUUUGAGCUCUAGAUUUCUUCACGCCAAACCCAGAUUGGGUUCUAAAUGGCGAUCCAUGGCUUCUGAACCUGACUCUUCUUCCUUCGCUCCUUCUAUUGAUUCCAAUGCUUCCCCCGAUAAAACUGCCGCCGGAUUUUGCAUCAUAGAAGGGCCUGAAACAGUCCAGGAUUUUGCCAAGAUGGAGCUGCAAGAAAUUCAGGAUAAUAUUCGAAGUCGAAGGAAUAAAAUCUUUCUCCAAAUGGAAGAGGUUCGGAGGCUAAGGAUACAACAAAGGAUUAAAAGUGCCGAACUUGGUAUUUUAAAGGAAGAGCGAGAAAAUGAACUUCCUAAUUUUCCAUCAUUCAUCCCAUUCCUGCCUCCACUGACAUCAGCAAAUCUCAAGGUUUAUUAUGCUACUUGUUAUUCUCUUAUUGCUGGGAUUAUCCUUUUUGGUGGACUUCUAGCACCCACUCUGGAGCUUAAGCUAGGACUAGGAGGCACAUCAUAUGCAGAUUUCAUCCGUAGCAUGCAUCUGCCAAUGCAGCUGAGUCAGGUUGAUCCUAUAGUGGCAUCAUUCUCUGGAGGAGCAGUCGGGGUUAUCUCAGCCUUGAUGGUAGUUGAAAUAAACAAUGUUAAACAGCAGGAGCAUAAAAGAUGCAAGUAUUGUCUUGGAACUGGAUAUCUUGCUUGUGCUCGCUGCUCAAAUACUGGAUCACUUGUUCUUAUUGAACCAGUCUCGACAGUCAUCGGUGGAAACCGGCCUUUAUCAGCCCCGAAAACAGAAAGAUGUUCAAACUGUUCAGGAUCUGGAAAGGUCAUGUGCCCCACAUGUCUUUGCACUGGAAUGGCAAUGGCAAGUGAACAUGACCCACGAAUUGACCCAUUUGAUUAGAGGUGCAUUCUCACCCUUCCAUUCUUGUAUUCAAAUGUAGAGCUCCUGUCGAUAUCUGUUUGUGACAAGAUAACUGAUCUUUGUACUUACAAAUAUCGCAUGCGCAUAAAGGGCUAGUUGAAAAUCAAUAAUUAUUUGUGCUAUUUACUAAGACAAUCCAUGCUUUUGAAAUGAAAAACUUCAAUCCUUAUUUGGCAAUCUGAUGCCAUACGAUUGGCGGUUCCCUGCUUCCAAUCACUGUCAUGAAUCAUGACAACGAUGAUGAAAUGGUCUCUUCAGAUGAUAUGAUUUUACGUUCCAUAGUCCAGGAUUCAACUCAUUUUGAGUUAAAUGGUCACUUUCGAGUUUCAUAUGCCACUGCAAGUGGCUAUUGGAGCAGCAAAGUUUCACCUGGUUAUGGUUGACUGGGGGAAGGAACCCACAUCAGCACCCCCAUCGAAUAAAAUGGAAGAUUUCGGACAAACGAGUUUCGACGUUGCUGCUGAUGAACCCAUCGAAUUCUCCAUCCUUUUGUUUCUGGAAAUGCUCCUGGAAUAUGAAAAAGUAGCUUCAGUUUCAUCAGAAAAAAAUAAAAUAAAAGGACAAAGGAUGAUGAACAAAUUAUUGAAAUUUGAAUCCAUCUUAACAAUAUGCUCUAUAUUUUGUGCAGAAGCCAGACAACUACAACAAAAACCUAAAUUCUGAAGAGGAAUACAACAGCCACUUGAAAAAACAACCGUCCAACUACACUCGAAAUUUUAUGAAGUUU